GGUUCAUUACGCAGCUGACUGGGCGGGAGAUUGUAGUGAACGCUGCGUGUGUACCGGGAGCUAGGCACAGUCUGUUGCCGCAGGUGUACGAAGUGAAUAAAAUACGUCAAAAAGAAAAUAGGAGGCCGGGUACCUCGGGAUCUCAUCUCUGAGGACAAGUUGCCCAAACCUUCUCACCUUGUAGACACUUCUUUCUCCCCUCCUGAUAAGAUGGCUCUUCGGAAGAAACGUCCCUACGAGCAAGAGCUGGAAGGCUCCACGGUCAAAACCAAGUGCCUGUCCCUAGUGUCCGACCAUGUAAUGAAAGAUCCUACAAUGCAGAAUAUUAACUUGAAGUUGAAACUCGACCAUCAAAACAAGAAGUGGACAGUAAAGAAACCCGACCGCAGACAUCACUCUGAUCAGAGCAGACAGGAACCUGCACCAGCCUCUACUACAGAUAUGACAAAUACUCAUCACCAGCAGCAAGGUACUAUGGUGAACAGAGUUUGCUUGUCACCUCCAGAAGAAUCCACAAAGGUUCCUGUAGUCCGACUGUUUCGCCUGAAUAUACAGACUGAAACUAAAGAGGAAAAAUCCUCAAAUGAAUUUGACACAGAGCAACAUCAUGAACAGGAACCUGCACCAGAUGAUGAGCCAAUGCGAAGUAAAUCCUCUCCAUCUUCUACUACAGAGAAGACAAAUACUCAUCACCAGCUGAAAAGUACUACAGCGAGCAGAGUUUGCACAUUUGAAUCUUCAAAGGUUCCUGUAGUUCAUCUGUUUCGCCUAAAUAUACAGACUGAAACUCAAGAGAGAGAAUCCACAACUGAAUUUGACACAGUACAACAUUAUGAACAGGAAUCUGCACCAGAUGAAGACUCAGUCCACAGCAAAUUGUUGCCAUCUAAUCUUGCACAAAAUGAACUCUCAGCUUCUACUCAUCAUCAGCAGCAAGGUACAACGACGGGAGUUUGCUUAUCGCCUCCAGAAGAAUCCACAAAGGUUCCUGUAGUUCGACUGUUUCGCUUGAAUAUACAAACUGAAAAGGACGAAUCCACAAAUGAACGUGAAUCAGAGCAGCUUCCUGAACAGGAACCUGCACCAGAUGAUCACUCAGUAAACAGCAAAUCCUCUUCAUCUCCUCUUGCACACAAUGAACUCUUAGCUUCUACUACAGAGAAGACAAGUACUCAUCACCAGCAGAAAGGUACUAGAGCGAGCAGAGUUUGCUUGACACCUCUGGAAGAAUCCUCAAAGGUUCCUGUAGUCCGACUGUUUCGCCUGAAUAUGCAGACUGAAACUCAAGAGGAAGAAUCCACAAAGGAUUGUGACACAGAGCGACUUUAUGAACAGGAACACCGGAAGACAGACAAGCAGGAAAGGCCACAUGGGAACACAACCUACACAUCACUUGAAGAAAUCUGUAGGGGAAAGCAGCCUGUGGUUAAAUUAUAUCGCGUAGAGAAACAGCUGGAAGAAAAGGAAUUGAGUAAAUUGGACAGUGAACACAACUCGGCUCAUGAGUUAGCUUCACCAAGUAACAGCGAUGCUCAUGACGGAACGGAUCUGCCUCCCCUUGCACAAAAUGCCAUACUCUCUCCUAAGACAGAUGACACAAGGAAGCAUGAUCAACAGGAAGAAACCCUAAAUGCUGGAUGGGCUACAGGUGAAAGCGACAAUGAGCAUCACUACGAUCAUGUACAGCAUGUGCAAUCUGAAGAUCAAGAACAGCAGCCAUUGGAUGACUCUGAUAGUGACCAAUUUGAACAGAAUCUUGAACAGUUCUCGGCAUAUGAGAUUGAAAGGCUGAAGAACAUAAAACAGAAUGCAAAAUUUCUAAAGUCUCUGCGGUUGCUUGAGAUUGUGUCAUCUUUUGGUCAACAGCGUAAAAGUAGGCCAUGUGUCAAAAGAGAGAAGCCACAAAGUUAUUUAGAGACACGCCGGUCCAAGAGGAUUCAAGGAAAAGUACUAUUAGAAAUGGAGGCAAAAAAAAAAGUUGUGACAGACGAGGUCUGUCUCAGUGGUUGGAGAAAGCCAGAGAUUCCUACGGGACCUAUCAAGAUGUUUCCCACAAACCAGGUGGAUGAUUGGGCUUGGAAAUCUUUCCAGGACACGUGGAAAUCCAUUAGUAUAGGCAAGUUUCCCAUACCUUUAAAGUUUAAAUGCCAAAGGCUCACAAGCUAUAAAAGCAUUCUGAAAUGUCUGACACUGGAGAAAGGGACUGUUGCCCAAAUUCAUCCUGCUGCCGUUUGCUCUACAGCAGUUCACCCAUCAAAUACACAAACACUUGUAGCAGCCGGAGACCUCUGCGGUAAUGUUGGGUUGUGGGAUUUGAAGGGCCAGUCAGCAGGGGCCUUUUUAUUUCCACUCCAUGCUGGCAAAACUUCCGUUGCUUUCUCUCCAUCUGAUCCUAGACAUCUGGUGACACUUGGUCAGGAAGGGACAAUCCGCUGUGGAGACAUCUCUUGCUCUGUCUUUGAUGAGAUUUACCGUAAGGAAGAAUAUCUCACCUCGUUUGACUUCCUGUCAGCUAGCGGUUCUGUCCUGAUAGUUAGUCACUCUAAUUCAAAGCUGUCAGUGGUGGACCGUAGGACUCCGACAAAUGCCUGCGAUGUUCAGGGAAAGCUGCGCUUGAAAUAUACCCGUACUGUUAGUGUGCAUCCUCUCAAUAGGGAUCACUGUGCAGUAGCAGGAUCAAGACAAGUUUGUAUCUAUGAUGUGCGAAUGCUCAACAUGACAAAUACCAAGUCGGUGACGAACUUCCCUCCUUACUCAAAUGAAGUUUUAUCAGCUUCCUUCUCUCCAGUCACAGGAAAUCACAUCCUUAUCUGUUUGUUGGAUGGAAACUUAAGUGUUUUUCAAGUUAAAGACUUUGAGGAGAAACCCGUCAACAUUUUAACAUUUUAUAGCCAACUGAGCAAUUAUAUGUAUUUUUUACCAGCUACGUGGGACCCCAAGCAAGAAGACUGCUUUGGCCAUGGCUGCAUGGGUAUUGAACAAAUAGAUUUUUGCAACAUUAAGGGACAAAGUGUACAUACAUUAUCCAGCUCUUAUCUUUCUACACGACCAAGUGCCAUUUCCAUUCAUCCCACUAGCAACCUGGUGGUUUCAGGGACAUUGAAUGGAGAAGUGUGUGUGUGGAAGAAGUGGAAAAACUAACCAGAUGUACCUGAAGAAGACUCCUUUCAAGAAUCCCUUUCAUAGGGAAACACGAGAGAUGUAUGUUACCUUUUUCCAGUAAUGCAGAUGCUUCAUUUAAUGGGUGUUCCGGUUGUUAGUGGUUAUCCCCUAUCCACAGAAUAGGAGAUGACUAUUAGAUCCGUGGGGGUCUUACUGCUGUGACUCCCACUGAUCACGACAACAGUGGCCCCAUACCCCCUGCACCCUCUCUGAGAUGAAGGAGUGGCUGGUCGCACAUGCAUGAGGCCGCUCCAGAUUAAUUUCUGGAGGAGUUCGGUAAAUAGUGGAGCGCUGUACUAGGCUAUCUCCAGAACGACCAUAGAAAUGAAAGGACCAGCCACACGCAUGUUCGACCGGCUGCUCCAUUCAUUGCAGGGGGUUUGGGGCUCCUGUUCUCAUGAUCAGUGGUGGUCCCAGCAGUAGGACCCCCACAGAUCUAAUAGUUAUCCUCUAUCCCGUGGAUAGGGGAUAACUUGCAAUAGCCGGAAUACCCCUUUAAUAUUUCCAGUUUGUUCACCAUUAUGUCAGCCAAUACUAUGAGCACUCCUACUGUUUCAUCUUCUAUACCUACGUGUCUCCAUGAUUAAAGCGUAAAAACUCUGUAGUAAAAUCCUGCAGUCAUACUCUCUUCUAUCUGUCCUCGACUACCAAAGUAAUAUACAUGAAGGAAAGGUCAGCUGGAAGGGUUUAUGACUUUAAGGUCAGCUACACCUCGUUUGUUUGUAACCAUGGAGACACAUAGCUUUGUAUAGGAGCUGUGUACAAGACUACUUGUCAUUUUUAUUUUUGAUGCAUUACAGCAAUGAAAUAAUUGCUUGCCACACAAUUGGUUGCAGGGGGACAUACCCUAUAAUUUUUUAGUUGUGUUGCUUUUAACUGUCUUUUUUUUUUUUGUAUGAUAAAUAUACUUUAUUAUAUGUAAUAUAACUGUGUACACUGAGUCCUGACUGACAUACUGUGUUCUGGUACAGUUUCUUUUCCCUACAUCACAAUAUUGUACAGUGCUUGGUGAAAGCAAAUUAGUACUGCAGGUUCUAAUCAGACACUGAAUGAAUCGGGUAAUGAUGAAAUAUAUGAGCUAAGAAGCCUGCAGAAUUAUGAAUGCAGCU